AUGACUUUAAAAGAAGAUAAAAAAGAAUCACCAUUACUUUAUAUAUUGACAGGUGCAACUAGUGGAUUGGUUGCCGAUUCGUUAAUGCAUCCAAUAGAUACUAUCAGAGCAAGAAUUCAAAUCGAAAAAGUUGGUAAAUCACAAUAUAGAGGAACCUUUCAUGCACUAAAUCAUAUUAUUAAAAAUGAAGGAGCAAGUUAUUUGUAUAAAGGAUUCCCCAUUGUUGCAACUGCCACAGUUCCAGCACAUGCAUUAUAUUUUUUAGGUUAUGAAUACAGCAAAAGCUUAAUGAUUGAUAAAUUAGGACCUAAAUGGGGUGACAGCGCCAUUUCACAUUUUACAGCAGGAUUUAUAGCGGAUGCAUUAGGAUCAUUAGUUUGGGUUCCAAUGGAUAUCAUCAAACAACGUCUUCAAGUUCAAACCAAUACACAAAAAUUAAACCCAAACCAAACAUAUUAUAAAGGAAGUUUUCAUGCAGCCAAAGUUAUUAUGAAAGAGGAGGGUGUCAAAGGCUUUUAUCGUGGAUUCAUGCCAGCAUUAUUAACAUACGGUCCAUUUGUUGGUAUUUAUUUCUCAGUUUAUGAAAAAUGCAAAUCGUUCAUAUCGUCUACUCUUCAUUACAGCCCUGAUCAAUAUUUACCAAUACCUUAUCAAUUAGGCUCUGGAUUUUUUGCAGGUGCUUUUGCAGCUGCUGUAACUUGUCCUUUGGAUGUAAUCAAGACUCGUAUCCAAGUCCAACGUUCAACUGAAAAACAAAUUUAUAAAGGUAUGUUUGAUAGCUUCAAAACAAUUUUAAAAGAAGAAGGUCCAAAAGCUUUUGUCAAAGGAAUGGGAACUAGAAUUUUAUGGAUUGCUCCUGGUAAUGCUUUAACUAUUGCAUCUUAUGAACAACUAAAGUAUUUAUUCAAAGGAAUAAUAUAA